AUGACGGCUGAGGUAAAAGCCAUAAACUCCAAGGCUGAGGUGGCGCAGGCCCAGGCGGCUUUGGCACUCAAUAUAUGCGCCGCCCGAGGGCUGCAGGAUGUGCUGCGGACCAACUUGGGUCCUAAGGGAACCAUGAAAAUGCUUGUUUCUGGUGCAGGAGACAUGAAACUCACCAAAGAUGGCAAUGUACUGCUCCAUGAGAUGGAGAAUGGGAUCAGGGAAGUUUUCAAAGCUACUGGUUGUGUGGUUCCAGGAGCGGGUGCAGUUGAAGUGGCAAUAGCUGAAGCUCUAGUUACAUACAAGCACAGUAUAAAAGGAGCUCGUCUUGGAGUCCAAGCUUUUGCUGAUGCUUUACUCAUUAUCCCUAAGGUUCUUGCUCAGAAUUCUGGAUAUGACCUGCAGGAAACACUAGUGAAAGUUCAGGUUGAGCAUUCAGAAUCAAAACAACCUGUUGAAAAAAAAAACAAACAACCUGUUGGCAUAGAUUUGAAUACAGGUGAGCCAAUGGUAGCAGCAGAUGCAGGAGUUUGGGAUAAUUAUUUUGUGAAAAACCAACUUCUUCACUCUUGCACAGUGAUUGCCACCAACAUUCUCCUGGUUGAUGAAAUUAUGCAAGCUGGUAUGUCUUCUCUCAAAGGGUGAUUGAGUUCAAAAUCAACUCUUCUAGAAGCUGAGACUUAGCACAUCUUACAUCCAACUACCAUUACAGAGCCUGAGCCAUUCUUAAUUUUUACACAAUAAAUGCAGUUUGUAUUUGGUGGUCUUAUAAGUCUCAGAAGUAUUUCAUCAAGGUAUAAAGAACACAAGAAAUACUUUCACAGCAAAUAAUAUUAAUGAAAGUAUUUUUCCCUCGAAGUUCUAACUCCCUACCCUUUACUGUAUGUGUGAUAUUAUGAUAUAAUAAGAAAUAUAUAUUUGGCCUA